UUCUUUAUUGUGACGCAUCAUGUAUAUGACACAUUAUGCAAUAUAUAGGGGUCACUUUUGCUCUUGUCUUCCUCAUCUCCAAAUCUCCAUUUUCUUUAAAGAUUUUGGAUACUCACCAUUGCAAAACCUCUCAAGGUUUUCUUACUCGAUGGCGGCUAACGAGGAGUUGAAGGUUGAUGUGGAACAAGUUCACGUGACAUCACCACCAUCGGGGGGUGGAGGUCUAGCAAGACAAGGCAGUGUCUCGAAAAACAACUGUUUAUGUUCUCCAACCACCCACGCAGGUUCGUUUCGUUGCAGGCUCCAUCGUUCCCCUAGCGGCAUUCAACGCACUAAAAGUAUUAAUUCAGAUUCUAAGACUGAUGAUCAUAAUGCAAAUAACGUUAAUGACACCAUGAAAACCGUCAUAGCGCCAUGAUUCUUUUGCCUUUUUCUUUUUUUUCUUAUUAAAGUACAUGUAAAUGGGGGAAACCAUGACAUGUUUUUCAAUAUAUAUAUGAUCGUUAUAUGUGAGAUUAUUGUGUUAGUUCUAUUGGUCGAAAUGAAGCUGAUUUUAAAAAAGAUCAAAGGUGUUGGUCAACCA